AGCAAUGCUCCUGUCCAUGGAGACGACGUUCCCCUAUUACAGACAAUUCGAAAAGCAACCAGUGGAACAACGACCUCACGCCGACGUGAAAGGUAUUUGUGCCGAUAUGGAAGACAAUAUCAAAGCUUAUAUCAAAUUAAAAUCAAAAUUUCCGGACAGAAUUCAAGAUCUCCGUUACGAAGACAUGGUGCAAGAACCAAUGGCCAAAGCGGUAGAGGUUUACAAAUUUCUUGGGCAACCGAUGCCUUGGGUGGUUCAAGACUGGGUUCGGAACAGCACCUCGUCCAAUGUUGACAACGGUCCCUAUGGGACAUCCCGCGUGGACCCAGUUCGGACUGCUUACAAAUGGAUACCCUCCAUCAUGCCCAAGUUUGCUGAGAUGAUCGACGCGGAAUGCAAAAUGCCGAUCCAACAUUAUGGAUAUGGAAAUUUCUUUGAAUUGAAAUUGAAAUACGAUCUCCCUGACAGUUACAGGACUGAAAAGCUGCAUUUUUGACAGAUAUUGAUAGAUAUGAGUCAUAUGACAUUCUAUCAUUAUGCCCACCAUGCGCUCGCAUAAGCACAAUCCUGCGUCAUUUGAUAUUAAGUAUGUGUAGAAGAGUGUUUUACACCGAAACAUACUGCACAAAUAACUCUUCACUUGCAUCUCUCUGUUAUUUGAGGUCAGUCAACUUCGGUUUUAUUGCUCAGUAUAGUUUUAUCACAAAGUUAUGGUCACUUUAUGGGCCUACGGAAUAUAAUCUAUACACAGUAAUGCAAAUAAUAUGAUGUCCCAUUUAGUAACUAGUGAGUGAUUCUCUCUCUCUUUCUCUCUCUCCGACUGUGUGUGUACGUGUGCGUGUGCGUGUGAAUGCGUGUACUGAAAUGUCUCGUUCUAGAGGCAUCACCAUCCCUUUAAUCAACUAUAUUAGUAAUUAAGUCUCGUUUUAAUC